AUGCCCCGCGCCGUUCGAGGAGUGCUCAUCGAAUGCGAUCCGUCAGUCAAAGCCAUCAUAUUAAAAUACGACGAAGAGAGACAUGACUACAUCGUGGAAGACUUGGAUGACGACCGCCAUCUGGUGAUCAAGGAAAGUCAAUUGCAGAACCUCAAAGCACGACUAGGGAGGGAGCUUGACGAGAAAGUUAUGCAGCCUGAAGAAUCCGAAUCUGAAUAA